GCUAGGCGACGUAUGUUUGUUAUAGUGGACAGUGGUCAACGUUAGCGACCUUUUUGUUCGAGAUUUGCGAGGAUGUAAAAUCAAGCGUUUUCAAUUUUGUCGUUCUUUUUUUAAGAGUACACACUUUUGCUAAGUCAAACGCAAGAUGGAUCUGGAACCAAAAAACUUUCCUCAACUUGAACUGGCAGCGGUUUCCGGCUUCAACGGACAAGUGCAUUUCGGCAUGAGGCUUCAUCCCGAUAAAGAGUAUCUCAUCUAUCCUCUGGGAUGCACCGUCGUACUGACACACAUUAAAGAUGACAAGAGACACUUCCUCCAUGGUCACACCAGUGACGUAUCCUGCGUCUCCAUGUCCAAAAGUGGAGUCUACAUAGCUUCUGGACAAAUCAAUUACAAUGACUUUGAGGCCGAUAUAAUCGUCUGGGACUACGCCAAGCGAAGCUUGUACACUCGCUUUGUGAUCCAUGAAUCCAAGGUGGAGGCGUUGGCUUUCUCUCCUAAUGACAAGUAUCUGGUGUCCCUCGGAGGCCAAGACGAUGGAAGAAUACUUUUAUGGAACAUCGCGACCAAGCAGGCCAUUAGUUCGGCUCCAGCGGUUCCUUUGAGUUUAUGUCACCGCCUCGUCAUCAAGUACUCCAACACCAAUGACAACAUUUUUGUCUCUGCUGGCAGGGCAACCUUGCAGGUUUGGGAGCUGGAUAAAGACAACAAGAUUAAACCUACGGACUGUGAACUGCGUAAGCUGAAGAGGACAGUGAAGUGCAUUGAGUUUGCACCCGACGAUGAGUUUUUUUUUUGUGGUACUUCCAGUGGAGACAUCUUGAAAAUUAACACCAAGACAAAGUAUCUGAGUGACUAUGGUCCCAUUAAAACUAAACACAGCCUGGGAGCCAAUGUCCUAAAGGCGUUAAGUACGGGUGAACUACUUGUCGGUUCUGGAUUUGGCACCUUGACACUUUGCUCCACGACCACCUUGAAAGCUCUCAGACAUGUGCAGAUGAACAAUGGAGUGACCUCCAUCGCUCUCAAAGAUGACGGCCAAGAGUUUUUUGUCGGCACAGACGCGUCCGAGAUCUACUGCCUCCAUCUGCAGGAUUUCAAAGCCGAGCUCGUGUCCACUAAUCACCACGGCGGCGUCAAGGAUGUCUCAAUUGCUUUUGGCUCCUCUGAGUUAUUUGUCACCGCCUCAGAGGAGGACAUCAGGGUGUGGCACAUAGACAAGUCCAAAGCACUGCUGAGAAUCCCACAACCUUGCCUUAGCUGUAACACUGUGCACCUGAUGAUUGACGGACACAGCAUCAUCACUGGAUGGAACGACGGGAAGAUCCGCAUAUUCGCCCCGCAGAGUGGCCGCCUCAUGCUCGUCAUUCACAACGCGCACCGAAACGGCGUGUCAGCCAUCAAGGGGUCCAGGGACUGCAAAAAUAUUGUCAGCGGGGGGCAGGAUGGAACGGUUUGCGUUUGGGAGCUGCUGAAGCACGGCCAACGACGGCUUGCCUUCUUGACGGAGCACAAAGCCACUGUCAGGUGUGUCCAGAUCAGGAGCGAUGACAAGGAAUCUGUCACAGCUAGCAUGGAUGGAACCUGCAUCAUCUGGGACAUUGUGAAAUUUGUGCGGAUUCGCAAGAUAAUUACCAAAAAUUCCUCAUUCAAGACCGUGUGCUACCAUCCUGAAGAGCACCAGAUUGUCACCAGCGGCACCGACAGAAGGAUUGUCUACUGGGACGUGCACGACGGGACAGCAAUCAGAGAGCUUCAGGACAGGGAGACGUCGGCCAUCAACUGCAUGCACGUUUCUCAUGACGGCAGAUACUUUGUGACAGGUGGUGUUGACAAGCUGGUGAGGGUGUGGGACUACAUGGACGGUACGGUCACCCACGUCGGAAAAGCUCACGGAGGAACAAUCAACAGCGUGGAGGUCUGCUGUAACAACAGUACCCUUAUCAGCACCAGCGCGGACGGAGCCGUCAUGCGCUGGAAAUUUCCUCAUCCACUCUUGAGUGACUGACCGUGUCGAGCUCAGACAAGUAACACUCAAAUCACUUCCAUUGUUGUAUAAGGGUCAUUUUUAUACAAUUUGAUCAGUAAUAGAGAAGACAGUUAUAAAAUAAAAUAAAAGCCACUUUUUUUA